AGAUUCGGCAAGGCGUCACUUAGGUACAUAGAAAACCUACUGAGAGAAGAUCGUAUGCGAGAAACGAGAAGAAACAACGCCAUACCACCUCUCUAUCAAGUUUUAAUAGCACUUCGUUUCUACGCCAGUGGAAGCUUUUUACAAGUAAUUGGGGACACUCUUGGUGUUGACAAAGCCACAGUGUCGAGGGCAGUUACCGAUGUCUCGAGAGCGUUGAUCAACAAACGAGCGGAAUACAUAAAAUGGCCCACAGAUGACAACGAACUAACAGACAUGAAACCCUUCUAUCGUCGUGGUGGUUUCCCAGGUGUCAUCGGUUGUGUGGACGGCACACACAUACGCAUACAAGGCCCACAUUUAAACGAGAAUAGUCACGUGAACAGAAAAGGUUAUCAUUCUAUCAAUGUACAGGGAAUUUGUAAUAACGAAGGAUUAUUCACAAAUGUUGUUGCAAGAUGGCCUGGUAGCACACAUGACAGUCAUAUCUUCCGCUGCUCAAGUACCUGUGACUAUCUUGAACAGAAUCAUCAUUCACUGGAUGAUGGCGUGCUUCUUGGAGACAGGCCAUUUUUAAUGACACCCUUUUCCAAUCCAAACAAUGCUGCACAAGAAAAAUUUAACAGGGCCCAUACCAAAACUAGGGUGAUUAUAGAACAGACAUUUGGAAGGUGGAAAAGAAGGUUCCAUGUACUUCAUAGCACUGAGAUAAGGAUGCAGCCAGAAAAAGUAUGUUUGAUUAUUGGUGCCUGUGCUGUACUGCACAACAUUGCAGUGCUCCUCAACGAGCCAAUGGAGGAUGGUAAUGAUGAAGACAACCAAAUACUUGAGGAGUACCAUGGCCCUCAGCAAGGACUGAGUGUGAGAGACCACAUUUGCAACACCUUUUUUUCUUGA